CCAACUCCUGGGGGUGGAGCAGAGGUGGAGCUAGUGAGACCCGGUGGCCUGAGAACCACAGCUCAGGUGGCAGAGUGGCCCGGAGCAGCAUGAGGCAGAGCUGGGGACCAGGGCUGCUGCUCCUGGGAGCCGUGGUCCUCAUAGAGGGUCUUCAGGCAGCUCAGCGUGGUAAGCUCUGGGGACACGGGGCUUGGGCCUUCCCGGGGUCUGGAUGGACCCUGCGUGAGGACAGGAUGGGGGCCUGCUCUCCUGACCCACCUCUCUCCACAGCCUGCGGGCAGCGCGGCCCUGGCCCCCCUGACCCUCAGGAGGGCAGCACAGGGCCUGGCGAGUGGCCGUGGCAGGCCAGUGUGCGGAGGCGGGGGGUGCACAUCUGCAGUGGCUCCCUGGUGGCGGACACCUGGGUCCUCACGGCUGCCCACUGCUUUGAAAAAGCGGCAAUGACAGACCUGAGCUCCUGGUCAGUUGUUCUGGGCUCUCUGCAGCGUGAGGGGCUGAGCCCCGGGGCUGAGGAGAUUGGGGUGACUUCUCUGCAGCUGCCCAGGGCGUACAACCACUACAGCCAGGGCUCAGACCUGGCCCUGCUACGGCUCGCCCACCCCACAGCCCACACACCCCUCUGCUUGCCCAGACCUGCCCAUCGCUUCCCCUUUGGGACCUCUUGCUGGGCCACUGGCUGGGACCAGGACAUUAGUGAUGCUCCCAGGAUCCUACGGAAUCUGCGCCUGCGUCUCAUCAGCCGCCCCACGUGUAACUGUCUCUACAACAGGCUGCACCAGCGGCUGCUGGCCAGCCCGGCCCGGCCUGGGAUGCUGUGUGGGGGUGCCCAGCCCGGGGUGCAGGGGCCCUGCCAGGGAGAUUCUGGGGGCCCCGUGCUGUGCCAUGAGCCUGAUGGACACUGGGUUCAGGCUGGGAUCAUCAGCUUCACGUCCAGCUGUGCCCAGGAAGACACUCCCGUGCUGCUGACUGACACGGCUGCCCACAGCUCCUGGCUGCAGGCCCGCGCUGGGGGCGCAGCCUUUCUGGCCCAGAACCCAGAGGCCGUGCAGCUCAGUGAUGAGGACAGCUGUGUAGCCUGCGGAUCCUUGAGGGGAGAAGGUCCCCAGGCAGAAGCCCCCUCCCCAUGGCCCUGGGAUGCCAGGCUGAAGCACCAGGGGAAGCUGGCCUGUGGCGGAGCCCUGGUGUCAGAGGAGGUGGUGCUGACUGCAGCCCACUGCUUCAUUGGGCGGCAGAGCCCAGAGGAAUGGAGCGUAAGGCUGGCGGCCGGACCAGAGGAGCACAGCCUCAAGCAACUCAUCCUGCAUGGGGCUUACACCCACCCCGAGGGGGGCUACGAUGUGGCCCUGCUGUUGCUGGCCCAGCCGGUGACAUUAGGCCCCAGCCUGCGGCCCCUCUGCCUGCCCUAUGCUGACCACCGCCUGCCCGAUGGGGAACGUGGCUGGGUCUUGGGGCUGGCCCGCCAAGGAGCAGGCACCAGCUCCCCUCAGACAGUGCCUGUCACCCUCCUGGGGCCUAGGGCCUGCGGCCGGCUGCAUACUGCCCUCGGGAGCGAUGGCACCCCUAUUCUGCCAGAGAUGGUGUGCACCAGUGUUGUGGGUGAGCCGCCCCGCUGUGAGGGCCUGUCUGGGGCACCACUGGUGCUUGAGGUGAGGGGCACAUGGUUCCUGGCUGGGCUACACAGCUUUGGCGAUGCCUGCCAGGGCCCCGCGCGGCCUGCAGUCUUCACAGCGCUCCCCACCUACGAGAACUGGGUCAGCAGUUUGGACUGGCAGGUCUACUUCUCCAAGGAGCCCGAGCCCGAGCCCGAGCCCGGAAGCUGCCUGGCCAAUAUGAGCCAACCAGCUGACUGCUGACAGGUAGCUCUGGGAUGCUGCAAACACAUCACUGCUUCUGCCCCUCUCCAUUCCCCCCACCCACACAAUUCCAGCAACUGGGCAGGCCCCAGAGCCCAGUGGAUUGGCAGCUGCC